AUGGCCCUUCUACUCGGCAGGAUCCCUCCCACGUGCACUUCCUAUGGAGUAUCUAGCGCAGCCACUUGCAUAACUUGCAUGCGGACAGUGGUCAUUGCCAAGACCACCGCUCACAUCCACAUCAUUCAUGAUUUUCCCUCGAUGAAUCAAGAGCAGGGACAUCGCCUGCUUCACACGACGUGGGCGGUGCUGAAGAGCAGCUACAUCAACAUCUUACUCAUCUUCGUGCCGGUUGGCAUCAUCGCGGGAGCUUUAGAUCUGCCCCCGGGAGCCAUCUUCGUGCUCAACUUCCUCGCGAUUGUGCCCCUUGCUGCACUGCUUUCGUUUGCGACAGAAGAGCUGUCGGAGGCUGUGGGACCACAUAUCGGAGGAUUACUCAACGCAACAUUCGGAAAUGCAGUCGAGCUCAUCGUCAGCAUCAUUGCGCUGCAGAAGAACCAGUUUCGCCUGGUGCAGGCCAGCAUACUUGGAAGUGUGCUGGUGAAUAUCUUGCUGGUGCUCGGAAGUUGUUUCAUCGCAGGUGGCAUUCGCCGCACCGAAUCUAGUUAUGAUCCGAAAAUCGCCUCGGUCAUGGCCGCCCUACAGACUUUAUCAGCCGCCUCUCUCAUUGUGCCUGCCAUACUCUACCGCACAAUCACGCACUCUAAAGGAGGCGACAAAAUUGAUAUCCUGGAUGUCUCGCGCGGCACAUCCAUCAUCUUGAUCGUGCUCUAUGGCUUCUACUUAUACUUCCAGGUGGUAUCUCACAAAGAUCUUUUUCGAGACGACAUCGACGGUGACGAUGGUGGCGAGAACGACGGGAACUCCGAACUCGACGACCCUCACGGAGCUGCUCAAAAGGAAACUCAUGAGGGCGGGGAGAUUCUCGGACCCGUCGGCGCCUUCAUGUGCAUGACAGUGUCCAUCAUAGCCGUGGGCUUCUGUGCAGAGUUCUUGGUCAACAGCAUCGAGAGUGUGGUCGAGGAGACUGGCUUGACGACUACGUUCAUCGGAAUUGUGCUUCUUCCCAUUGUGAGUAACGCCGCAGAGCAUGUUACGUCCGCGGUGGUGUCGUGGAAGGGAAAGAUGAAUCUCGCCCUGCUGGUCGACUUGGGAUCUGGCAUGCAGGUUGCGCUGUUCGUGACACCUUUACUGGUCCUGAUCGCAUGGGGUCUCGACAAGCCAUUCAGUUUACAUUUUCAGCUCUUCGAAACUGUCGUGUUCUUUCUGAGCGUUCUGGUGGUCAACUUCCUAAUCAGAGGGGGCUCGAGCAACUAUCUUGAGGGGGUCAUGUGCGUGGGAUGGUACCUCAUCAUCGCGCUCGCCUUCUUCUACUAUCCCGAUGAUGAGUGA